AAUCUUCCAAUUGAAGCUACGAUCGAAUACAAUGAUCCAAAAGAGAGAAAUAGAACUCCAAAGAGGUAAACAAAGAAAUUCAGAAGGGUGGAGAGAAUAUCAAGCAUAUGUUUCAGAAGGAAUGCAAGAUUCACAAGAUUGGAAAACAAUCAUGAAAUAUCAAAGAAAGAAUGGAUCUUUGUUCAAUUCACCUGCUACAACAGCAGGUGUUUUUCAGCGCCUUAAGAAUGCUGAAUGUCUUGGUUACCUCCAAUCUGUACUAGAAAAAUUUGGAAAUGCAGUUCCGAAAAUUCACCCUCUGGAUAUAUAUGCUCGACUCUGUAUGAUUGAUAGUCUUGAAAGGUUGGGUAUUAAUCAUCAUUUCAAAGAGGAAAUUCGUAGUGUAUUGGAUGAUACAUACAGAUUUUGGGUGCAAGGAGCGGAAGAUAUAUUCUUAGAUCCCACCACCUGUGCAAUGGCAUUUCGAAUCUUGCGUCUCAAUGGCUAUGAUGUAUCUUCAAAUCCAUUUUAUCAAUAUUCUGAAGAUAAAUUUGCUGAGUCCUUGAAAGGGUACUUGAAGGAUGUUGGUGCUGUGAUAGAGCUUUAUAAGGGUUCACAAGCCAUUAUACAUCCUGAUGAAUCAAUUUUGGUGAGACAGAGUUUGUGGACGAAACAGCUUCUGAAGCAGGAAUCCUCCCCUUACAGAUUAUACGCUGAUAAGCUUCGUUGUUAUGUCGACCAAGAGAAUUACAAAAAUGCCACUAUUGGGCCUGAAAUGUUGGGUUAUUCACUUAGAUGGCGUGGAAAUGACGUGGAAAUGAUGUGGCAAUUCUCUUCAUCUAAAGAUUAA